AGAGUUGAGAGUUGUCUAUCAAAGGUUGAACAGUCACCAUCUAAAUCAAUGCAAGCUGCACUUUCUCCAUCAUUGAAAGCAUUGGUUGCUGAACAACUUUUAAGACAUUCAGAUGUUGAUGUCAAGGUUGCAGUUGCAUCUUGUAUCAGUGAGAUAACAAGAAUAACUGCACCUGAUGCUCCUUAUGAUGAUGAUCAGAUGAAGGAGGUCUUUCAGCUUAUUGUAUCAUCUUUUGAAAAUCUUUCUGACAAGUCAAGUCGAUCAUACGUAAAGAGGACCUCAAUUCUUGAAACUGUUGCAAAAGUCAGGUCUUGUGUGGUGAUGUUAGAUCUUGAAUGCGAUGCAUUGAUUCUGGAGAUGUUCCAGCAUUUUCUUCAGGCUAUUAG